GCGUCAGUCACAAGGUUUCACUGCAGCUGCUAACUUCAACAACGCAACUUUCUCAUUUUCUUCAGAGGUUAAGGAACUGCUGCUGAGAUAAAUCACCUGUGGAUUUUAAUUUUUCUUUCCUAUCUUCUGGACAUUGAUUUGAAGAAAUGGCCCACCCUAGCACUCUUGAUUUGGACAGAUACAGCAGCAUGGAGAAAUCUCGACGCUCCACCAGUCGUAGCCAGUCCAGGUCCCAGGCCAAGAACGGGGAAGUGAUGUGUGACUUCUGCACAACGAGGAAGCAGAGGGCAGAGAAGUCCUGCUUGGUGUGCCUGGCGUCUUACUGCGAGACGCACGUCCAGUCUCACUAUGACUACCCUGCCUUGAUGAAGCACAAGCUGGUCAACGCUACAGGUCAGAUGAGAGAGAAGCUCUGUGCCCAGCACGACAAGUUGCUGGAGGCCUAUUGUCGCUCUGAUGAGACACUGGUGUGUGUUCUGUGCAUGAUGGACGAACACAAACACCACGACAUUGUCCCGGCUGGAACUGAGCGUACCGAGAAACAAAAACAACUUGGCCCCACACUGUACAAAUCACAAUAUAGGAUUGACCAGAGAGUUAAAAAAUGGCAGAAUCUACAACAAGCUGUUGAAUCAGUUAAACACUCGGCUCAAACGGCUCUCGAGGAGAACGAGCGUAUCUUCUCUGAGCUUCUGCUUUCCAUUGAGAGGAAGUACAACGAAGUCAAGGAGAUGAUCCGCUCCCACGAAAAGAACACCGUGACACGGGCCGAGAUAGUGUUGAGCCGCUUGGAGGAAGAGAUCACGCUGCUGAGGAAGAAGCACACAGACCUGGAUAAGCUCUCAAACACAGAUGAUCACAUACACUUUCUGCAGAGCUGGCAGUCUCUGUCAGGACCCUCAGGAUAUGAAGACCUCAACAACAUCAGUGUUGCUCCCAACUACUCAUUUGAUGGCACCAAGAGAGCCAUCGCUGCACUGAAAUUACAAGUGGAGGAAGUCACCAAAACAGAAAUGAUCAAAGUCACAGGAUCAGUGAAUGACGUCUACAUCACACAAGAAGGUGAGACAAGGAGAGAAACCUCUUUCAGGGACGUACCGAAGACAAGAGACGAACCGAAGACAAGAGACGAACCAAAGACAAGAGAAGAACCGAAGACACGAGAAGAACCGAAGACACGACAAGAUUUCCUGAAAUACUCUCGCCAGCUGGUCAUGGAUGUCAACAGUGUCCAUCGCAACCUUCACCUCUCGGAGGGGAACCGAACAGCUACGAUGAAGAAUGAGCCCAAGAACUACCCCGAUCACCCAGAUCGAUUUGACCACUGGCAGCAGGUGUUGUGCAGGGAGAGCCUGACUGGUCGCUCUUACUGGGAGGUGGAGUGGAGGGGAACAGAGAUAGACGUGGGCGUUACGUACAGGGGAAUCCGCCGUAAAGGAAACAGCAACGAAUGCAGCCUGGGUUGGAACGAUAAGUCCUGGAGUCUGUACUGCUCUGACUCCAAAUUCUCUUUUGUGCACAACAAUAAGAGCAAAGAUCUCACAGUUCCGAUCUCAUCUCAUAUCGGCAUCUACCUGGAUUAUGCAGCAGGAACGCUUGCAUUUUACAGUGUUUCUGAUGACAUGCAGCUUCUCCAGAGAGUCCAGACUACAUUUACACAGCCUUUAUUCCCUGCAUUCAGUGUGUGGGGCUUUGGUACAACUGUUAAACUGUAGGAGGGCUGGUGCAAUGCUAGUAAUUUGCAUGACAUUUUCUGUAAAUAUUUAAAAAGGGGUGUUGGAUUAGUUAUUUUUGUUCCACCUGGCAAAGAAACGCAAAAAAAAGUAUGAUUGUUUCAGAAAGCUCCAUAUGGUUGUUUAUUAUGUUAAAGCACGCUAUGCUGAUAUAUAUUUAAUUAAAGUUGAACGUUUUACUGAUUUAUCCUGCUCUGUUGAAAU